AUGACAUUAAACUUCCAAAAACAUGGAGCGGCAAUACAAGCCGCUUAUGACCGAAUCGCUACAUCGAAGACAAAUGAUGAAUGGGUUAUACUUGACUACGAAGGCAACUCAAAUGUCAUCAAAAUUGGCGAGGAAGGUGGCUAUGGUCUGGAGGAAUUCAGCACGAGUUUCAACUCAGGAAGACUUCAGUACGGUGUGAUAGGUGUGCGCCUCGCUAAAAGCGCGUUAACCAAAAUAGUUCUCGUACACUGGCAAGGUGAAGGAGUUCCAUCGGCGCGAGUAGCCUCAACAACAUCGCAUGUUGACGAUGUUCGACGAUUCUUAAAAUCCGUGCAUGUUAUACAUUAUGCGCGAAGUGAAAUCGAUGUAGAACCUGAAGUUAUUCGUAAAGAAGUAGCCAAACUGCCAGCGACGUAUGCAACUACUGCGGCUGAUACAUACUACACAGCGCCGACUGUAGUUGGUUCAGUGUACAAGCCUAUCAAACCGCAUACCGACAUCAACAUAAAAGAAAGGGAUGAGUUCUGGGAGAAGCUAAACAGAGAAGAGAAAAGCAGCAAAAAGUCCGAAGAGAUGUCUCGAAUCGAAGAAAGAAAGCGCAAAGAGUCUGCCGAACGGGAAGCGCGGGAAGGGCAAAGACUAGCCGAGGAAAAACAACAUCGAGAAGAGCAAGAAAGGCGUGCAGCUGAGCUACGCAAGAAAAAUGAUGUCAAACAACACCACGUUCCAACAGCAUCAGCUCCUGUUCUUUCUUCCAUGAAAAGUAAUUCUCUCGAGAAACCACAUAGGACUAUUGUAACCGGGCCCAGUAAGCUGAACUCAGAUCGCUUGGGAAUGUUUGAGCGGAAAGACGAGAAACUUCCUAGCCCCACAAGAACAAUUUAUGUUAAUAACCAGGCCCCAAAGAAAACCGAAGUAUUUCAUCCGUCUGCAUCUCCAGUACUUUCUUCGUCCGGUACUGUUUCUCCUUCCCACGACAGUGUCAGCUCAGCAGGAUUAUCAUCGUUCCAUUCACCAAAUGAUUCUGGUUACGAAGCCAGCGCAAGUGAAUCUCCAAAACUGUCAGAAACUCAUAUUCCACCGGGACCUGAAACGUUCAUCUCAGUAAACGACACACAUUCUCUCCAAAACCAUUACUAUGAAGAACCUCCUGUUGAAGAACCUCAAAUUAUUCACUCCAAUCCGACACCAAGUAAAUUUCCACAAUAUGAUGAACCGCCUGGUGAUAUCUGUACGGGUCUACGUGCUAUUGCUCUAUGGGACUAUCAAGCUGCCGAUAGUACGGAGAUAUCCUUUGAUCCUGAUGACUACAUCACUGAAAUUGAUCAGGUGGAUCCUGGUUGGUGGCGUGGACGAGGUCCAAAUGGUAAUGUUGGACUGUUUCCUGCGAACUAUGUGAAGCUUAUAUAA